AUGUUAUCCACUGUAGAAGGAAAGACAUUUGACGAGGAACGUGCAUUAUACAACCUUCAUGAUGCAAAUGUUGUUAACUGUACAUUUGCAGGUCCAGCAGAUGGUGAAUCUGCUUUGAAGGAAACACAUAAUAUCCAUCUCAAGGAUUGCAGCUUCUCAUUGCGUUAUCCAUUAUGGCACUCAACAAAUUUCACUCUUGAGAAUGUUAAAAUGGACGAGCUUACAAGAGCACCAAUGUGGUACUCAAAUCACGGCAAACUCUUGAAUUGCAAGAUCAACAGUAUCAAAAUCAUGCGUGAAUGUGAUCACAUCGAGUGGGAAAACUGUGAAGUUGUUUCUCAUGAGUGUGGUUGGGAAUCAAGAAAUAUCAAGAUUAAGAAUACAAAGAUGACAUGCGAUUAUUUACUCAUGCAUGGAAGCAAUAUUGAAGCUGAUGGCUUACUUUCCAAUGGAAAGUACAUUUUCCAGUAUGUAAACCACGCAGAACUUAAGAAUAUCGAUGUUGUUACAAAGGAUGCUUUCUGGCAUGCUAAUGACAUUGUUGUCAGAGAUUCUGUUCUUCGUGGCGAAUAUAUUGCAUGGUUCUCUAAUAAUGUCACAUUUAUUAACUGUAAGAUCGAAGGUGUACAGCCAUUCUGCUAUUGUAAGAACUUAAAGCUCAUUAACUGUACAAUGGAAGGCACAAACUGGUCCUUCGAGUAUUCUGAAAAUAUUGAUGCUGAUAUUAAGGGUCAUAUCUUAUCAAUCCGUAAUCCUAAGUCAGGAAAGAUUGUUUGCGAUUCAGUUGGCGAAAUUGAUCAUAACCAUGCAGUCAUGGACUGCAAAGCCGAGAUUGUUAUUAGACAAAAGUAA